GAGCGGCGGUACGAGGCAGCCUGCUGGUGACACUUUCCUCCAAAUCCGUGGCUUCGCUUCUCGGAGACGACGAGGACGGACCAGUCGGGAGGGUGAAGCGACGCACUCGAGACGGCCAAACGAUCGUCGUGCGCGUUUAACGGUUCUCCCGCUGAAGCUUUUCCGCCCACGCGGACAUUUUUAGUGAGAGAGAGAGCGAGAGCGCGCGCGUGUUGGGGUUGAGAAUCGAAGUCGGGACCUCCAAGCGGCGCGCACGGACCUCCAGAGGAACGGGUAUCGCUUCGAGGGGAAGACGGGAGGGGGGCGGGGGGGCUUGUCCUGCGCUUUACUCUCCGGGACGGGAGUGAAUCAAAUCCGACGCAGAACAACGUGGAAUGCGGUCAUCCAGGAGGCACGAUCUGUCUCGCACGAACAUAGAGGCGAGGGGCUGCUGAGCGGCUGAGAGGCGAGACGUCGCUUGUCUGUUGUGUUCUGUCGCCUUUUUUUUCUUCUUCUUUUUUCUUUUUUAAAUUCUCGAGGCGAGGAAGAAUUGGGGAAACAGCGUUUUAUUUGUUUUCGCAGCUGAAUGAACUGGAGUGACUUUUCUUAGAGGUUACACUCUGGGGAACAACGCGUUUUAUGGAUCGCUGCGCAGCGGCGGACACCGGGAGUUGUAGGCGUCGCUCUUACGCAUCGAUCAUGUUGAUACCUCGCUGUUGCUGUGAACUUUGGUAGAUGUUCGCAGAAAGAAAAGAAAAAAACAACCUCAGAAAUAGACAAAAUACGCCCCGAGUAUAAACACGCUCAGAUUGACAGCGGAAGUGGGAAGCGCCUUUUUGCCCUCCCUCAUUUUUCCUUCUCCGAAGACGUCGGGACGGAUCACUCGCUCUCUCCUUCUGUGGUUUUAACAAAGACCAAAGUGUUUGGGGAUAGCAUGGCAAUGGUAGUAAACCAGUGGCCAGAGAACAUUUCUGCAGAUCCGGGGUCCCAGCUCCAGAUAUGUGGCCAGGAGCCAGGCGGGGCCCCGGGUACCCCCAACGGUUCCACCCCGGGGAACGACGCACUUUCCGGGGACAAGAUCCCCAACGUGGACUGCAUGGUGUGCGGGGACAAGUCCAGCGGGAAGCAUUACGGCCAGUUCACCUGCGAGGGAUGCAAAAGCUUCUUCAAGCGCUCGGUGAGGCGGAACCUCUCGUACACCUGCCGGGGGAACCGAGACUGUCCCAUCGACCAGCACCACCGGAACCAGUGCCAGUACUGCCGGCUGAAGAAGUGCCUCAAGGUCGGCAUGAGAAGAGAGGGUAAGACCAUAGCUGUGCAGCGAGGACGCACAUCAAACUCCCAGACCAGCCCGGGGCAGUACCUGACCAACGGCACCGACCCGUACAACGGCCAGCCCUACCUGUCCGGCUUCAUUUCGCUGCUGCUGCGGGCCGAGCCCUACCCCACGUCUCGCUACGGGGCCCAGUGCAUGCAGGGAAACAACCUGAUGGGCAUCGAGAACAUCUGCGAGCUGGCGGCCCGGCUGCUCUUCAGCGCUGUUGAGUGGGCCAAGAACAUCCCUUUCUUCCCCGAUCUGCAGCUCAUGGACCAGGUGGCGUUGUUGCGCAUGUCGUGGAGCGAGCUCUUCGUCCUCAACGCCGCCCAGUGCUCCAUGCCGCUGCACGUGGCGCCCCUGUUGGCGGCCGCCGGCCUGCACGCGUCGCCCAUGUCGGCGGAGCGCGUCGUGGCCUUCAUGGACCACAUCCGCGUCUUCCAAGAGCAGGUGGAGAAGCUGAAGGCCCUGCAGGUGGACACGGCGGAAUAUUCCUGCCUCAAGUCCAUUGUGCUCUUCACAUCUGACGCCAUGGGGCUCUCGGACGUGGCGCACGUGGAGAGCAUCCAGGAGAAGUCCCAGUGCGCCCUGGAGGAGUACGUGAGGAACCAGUACCCGAGCCAGCCCAACCGCUUCGGGCGCCUCCUCCUGCGCCUGCCCUCGCUGCGCAUCGUCUCCUCGCCGGUCAUCGAGCAGCUGUUCUUCGUCCGCCUGGUGGGCAAGACGCCCAUCGAGACGCUGCUGCGCGACAUGCUGCUCUCGGGCUCCAGCUACAACUGGCCCUACAUGCCUGCCGUGCAGCGCGACCGCCCCAUCUCCCUCCACUACAACGAGAACGGGCCCUGAGGUGGGGGUGGGGGGGGAAGAGACGCCGCAGCGUGGGAAGGAAACGCGGCGCUGCAACGGUCCACCUGACUUCUCGCCCAUCCAGCCGUCAUUCAUAAUUUCAACUCUACCCUCGUCUCUCCC